ACAAUAAGCUUUUUAAUAAAAGCGUUUAUCAAAGUUUUUCCCUCUUGCUCUCACCUCUAAAAUUCACCCUCCUUCGUCUUUUUUACAACUUUAAUCGACGAUCAUGGGUGGCUGUGCAAGCAAACCUAAGGAGUUGGAUAUCAAUGAGAAUGCACCAGCACCUGUUGAGGCUGCUGCAGUUGAGUAUGUCGAAUCUGAAACAGUUGCACAGGAUAUAAAUGGAGGUGAAGAGACAAAUACAGGGAAACCUUUGGCAGAUUUUUCUGAACCCAUAGAAGAAACAAAUGAGACCAUAGAAUCAAAGCAGGAUCAAGAGAUCUCGAAGGUACCAGAAACCAAGGCUAAUGAGCAAGUCGACGUAGAGGAAAUGAUCGAGGAUGAGACUGUGGUUGAGCCUAAGCUUGAAGCUGUGGCUGUGGCUGAGGCUGAGGUUGAGCCCGAGUCUGAGGCUGCUCCAGCUGAGGAAAAUGUAGUCUCUGAGACAGAGACAAGUCCUGAGUUAGUACAAGAAUUAAAGGCAGUUGAGGGUGAAACCUCAGAAGAUAAAAGUGAUUCACCUCUCAUUACAAUGUAGUAGAUCAAUGUAUGAUUUGCGAUUUACUAAUUUUGCGUACAAACUUUUUUGUAAUUCGUACAUAAUGCGAUGAGAGUUUACAUCAAGCCUUAUCUAAACUAAUUUUUCAUUCUCAUUC